AUGCCACAUCCGAAGCGCAGAAGGACAGGCUCGGAUACCACGGAGGAGGGCAAAUCAGUUCGCAACGGUUCUGUCGCUGAUAGCCCCGUCCGGCUAACUAAUGUUGAGAACUAUCCUCGGCGCCGAAUCGCCGUUGCGUGCAACCUAUGCAGAUUCAGAAAGACGCUACUGACCGGGGGUUCCUCCGCCUCACAGAAGUGCGAUGCCGUUCGACCUACCUGUGGCUUCUGUGCCAACCUUGGCAUCGAAUGCCAGUACCGGGACUCUGGCAACACACCGCCAUCCCAGCCAGAAGCCUGCUCAUCCGUCCCACCACCGGCAUCGGCCCCGGCACCUCUGGGCCCAGCGCCACUGACCAACCCGCCAGACAGCAUUUCCAACGGCGUCCGAGUCGGCCGGCUCUCGGAUAUUGAGCAACGUCUUGCUGCUCUUGAAUCCAACCUCGUCCAUCUCGAGGCCUGCCGCCUCGGCCCAGGAGGAACACCCGCAGGCACCGCUGUCUUUGACAAUGCCACCUCACCCGUCUCCCACGCCACCUCCAGUCACUUGCCCUCGGUGCCGCUCGUCAGCCCGCGCAUCCACUUCGAGUCCGCUCCCCGGAGCUCGGCCAACUUCCCGGCCAGGCGCGAGUCAACCUCGAGCGUGACGCCUCGCCCGGGUUAUACCGUCUGGCGGCAGACGCGCUCCGAGGCCAACACGGCCCGUCCCAGCCUGCUGCUCUUCCGUGCCCCACCCUAUCUCUCCGCCGAGAGCUGGGACGACGUCUCGGACUUUUAUGACCUCGAGAUCGACUCCGGCGAGUACUUCAACGCCCAGUUCAUCGAAUGUCUCGCCACGUUCCCGGAUGUCUCGAAGCGCACUACGCGCCUGCUGCAGCAGAGCUUCGUAGAGAACUUUCUGGGGUGGAUGCCCAUCUUCGAGCCGACACUAGUCAGCUCCAUCAUCAAUCAAGCGUGUGCGGACGAUUUCACGGCGACCAAUCCCAACAGCUGUCUUGCCCUCCUCAUCCUAGCCGUUGGGUCGCUAGCCCACAACCACGCUGAUCUCAAGUCGGACAGGCUGCCCGGGAUAGACUACUUUGCGCACGGCACCCGCCUGCUCGAGCGUCUGACCUUUCUCAUGGGCAACUUGACUGCGCUACACUGCCGGAUAUUGCAGGCCGCGUAUUUCCGCCUGUCGAUACGGCCCUUGCUGUCAUGGAACUGCAUCACGCAGGCGACGAGGGACUGCAUGCACGUCCUCAUGUCCAGGAUGUACAGGCAUCUCGGGCAGUCGAGGCAGGAGCAGUGGCAUCGGGCGUUCUGGGCCUGCUCGAUUAUGACCGACGAGUUGGAAGUUACCAUGAAGAUGCACUCAAUCGGUCAUCGCAACUUCCAAGAUGUAGUACCACUGCCACGCUUCGAGAACGAGGACACAGGGUUUUAUUACUUUCUCGCCCAGAUCAGUCUGCGAAAGCUGAUCACGACGUCGCUUGACACUGUUGGCUACAAAGCUGGUCAACUGAUAUACGCCCCGAUCUUGACGGCCGAGCUGAGGAAGCAGGCUCACGAGUGGUACAUCCACUUGCCGACGGCAGUCCGCUUCCCCGUGGACAAUACUCCGCUCUUUGACGCCCGAAAGUCCUUUCUCCGGAUGCAGUACAUCAUCCUGAUCGUCGCCCUCGAGUGGGCGUCGGUGCUGCGUGUGCUCGAGACGUACGGCACUGAUAUCGAGCAAUCGGAAGAGAUUGCCAUGGCGAAACAAGAGGCACAAGAGUGCUUCAGCUUCUGCGUCCUCUACAUCGAGGUUGCGGAAGAGCAACUUCUAGGGUGGAAACUCGGGACGCAUAUAUCUAUCUGGACCAUCUUUGUCUUCAUUGCGACACUCAUCAUUACACACAAAUCACCAGCCCUGUCGUUUAUCCCAGAGACGCACGAAGAGACACACAUGCACAGCGCUCUCGAUUUGCUCCGCAAUUGGGCCCACAUCCCGCCUAAAAUGCCUUCUGUAAAGCGAGCCAUCCGCAUCGCUGGCUGCUCCGGCGGCUUCUCAGACCGCCAGCGCGCCAUCGGCGACAUCGCCAAGAACUGCGACGUCGACUGCAUCAUCGGCGACUGGCUGUCCGAAUGCACCAUGACGCUGCACGGCGCGCAAAAGGUCGAGAACGAGAAGCUCAGGGCCGAGGGCAAGCUGUCCAGGGACACCGCAGGGCUCUUCGACCCGACCUUCAUGGAGAACCUCCAGCCUGCCCUGCCGCACAUGCAGUCCAAGGGCAUCAAGCUUGCCGUCAACGCGGGCGCCAGCGACACCGAGAUGCUGGCGCGGCUUGUGGAGGAGGAAGUCAAGGCGCAGAAUCUGUCGCUCAAGGUCGCGUGGGUAGCGGGCGACGAUGUGACUGAGACGGUCAAGAGACUUCACAGAGAAGGCACCCAGUUCGUCGGACUGAUGCAGGGCCAGACGCUAUCGGAGUGGGGGCACGAGGUUGUUGCUGCGCAAUGUUACCUCGGCGGUGCUGGCAUCGCCGAGGCCUUGAGGCAAGGAGCCGACAUCGUCAUCUGUGGCCGUGUCGCCGAUGCUGCCCCGACUAUCGGUGCCUCCAUGUGGUGGCACAACUGGGACCGUGAGCAAGACCUAGACCAGAUCGCCGGCUCCCUCGUCGCUGGCCACCUGAUCGAGUGCUCCGCCUACGUCACCGGCGGCUACUACUCGGGCUUCAAGCGCCUCAUCGAGAACUGCGAGAACCUCGGCUUCCCCAUCGCCGAAGUCAAUCCUGACGGCACCACUGUCAUCACCAAGGAGCCCGGCACCGACGGCGAGGUGUCGGUCGGCACUGUUGAGUCCCAGCUGCUCUACGAGAUCCAGGGCCCGCUGUACUACGGCUCCGACGUCACUGCCAAGCUCGAGGGCGUCGUCAUGGAGCAGCUCGAGAAGGAUCGCGUCCUCGUCCGCGGCAUCAAAGGCCUUCCCGCCCCAUCGACGACGAAAGUCGGCAUCACCGCGUUCGGCGGUUGGCAGGCCGAGUUCCACUACUACUUUGUUGGCUUGGACAUCGAGGCCAAGGCCGAGUGGACUGAGAAGCAGAUCCGCUACUCGAUUGGCAAGGACGUCAACCAGCUGUCCUGCCUGAAAUUCACCAUCAACGGCUCAUCGCCCGAGAACCCGCGUGACAUCGAGGCUGCUACUGUCGACUUCCGCAUCUUUGUCCAGACAAAGAACCGCAAGCUGCUCGACAAGUUCACACUCGACGUGCCCGGCCUGAACCGCUGGUGUAUGGAGAACUUCCUCCAGUCGGCGCCAGGCGCCUCGCUGGGCAAUGACCAGAGGCAGUCUGAAGGCAAACCCUUCUACGAGUACUUUGUCUCGCUGCUGCCGCAGUCUGAGGUCAAACACGAGGCCAAGCUGUUGUGGUCUGGCGACUCCAUCUCCAUCCCCGUCCAGAACGGCACAAAGCCAGACUACCCGCGCGACCAGAAAUCUUACAACACGACCGACCCGGCCGACCUCGACUCGUUCGGCCCGACCACCCGCGGACCGCUGGGCUGGGUGGUCGGCGGCCGCUCGGGUGACAAGGCGUCUGACGCCAACGUGGGCUUCUACGUACGCCACGACGACGAGUACGACUGGCUGCGCAGCCUGCUGACCGUCGAGAAGAUUGGACAGCUUCUAGAUAGGAGCAACAAGGGCAAGAAGAUUGAGCGGUUCGAGAUGCCGGGCAUCCGGGCCGUGCAUUUCCUGCUGCGGGAUCACCUCGACCGCGGGUUUAACUCCACGAGCGAGUACGACACCCUGGGCAAGAACGUGUGCGAGUUCCUGCGGGCCAAAUAUGUUGACAUCCCCAACAAGUUCCUGCACCGCGGACGGUUUUAG